AUGGGAGCAGGAGCCUCCCUUUCCAUUUGUAAAUCAUUCUCUUCUGUACAAGUUAGGCACACAACAAAUAAAGUUUCACCAGAUCUACAGCUCAGCAGAGAAAGAAGCAGCUUUGGUGUUCCUCUGGAAACCCUUGCACAGGAUGCAAAGCAAUAUGGGGUUCCUUCUCUUGUGACACAGAUGGUGGAGUACCUGGAGGUAUUUGGUCUGGAGCGUGUCGGAAUAUUUCGGAUUGGUGGCUCAGCAAAUAAAAUCAAGGAAUUGAGGCAGAAGUACAAUCAAGGGGAAAAAGUAGACCUUAUUAAUGAUGGAGAUGUUGAUUCUGUGGCCAGUCUCCUGAAGCUCUUUCUGAAAGAACUACCGGUAGCUGUUUUUCCAGACAAUAUUUGCUCUGGCUUGCUAAAAACUUUCCAAGAGCACAAAAUUAAUACAACAGAAUGCAUAGAGAACCUGAGACAGUUGCUCAGCUGCCUGCCCAAAGCCCAUCAAAAUCUUCUUCAGUUCCUGUCUGCUUUCCUGUUAAAGGUAGCAACCUACAGUGCAGUGAAUUUCAUGACUCUGGAAAACCUGGCCAUCGUGUUUGGACCUGCUCUGUUCAAGAUUCCUGUCAGCCCCUUGGCUUGUGAAGAACAAAGGCUUUACAAUGGCCUCCUGCUGUAUUUGCUUCAACACCAGGAGAUGCUUUUUGUUGACCUGAACCCUUGUUUCUCACAGACACAAGCAGAUGGCCUUCAGGCAAGCAACACAGAAGAUGCAGGAGGGGACAGACUCACAUUGCUAAGCAUUCAGGACAAGUCCUUCAACACGACAGCUUUAGCAGAGUGUGACGGGUAUUCAGACUCUGUGCAUGAAGAUCAAGCAGGCAGUUCCAGUCCCAGAGAUGAUGAUAACAAAGAAAAUUACCCGGACAACUCUGCUGUCUUAGAGGAAAGGCAGCUGCCUUUGCAAGAUACUCAGCAGCACAAGCAGCAGGUUGUAAUUGACUGCACUCUAAAGCCUGAAAUGGGAAACUUAAAGCUGAGGAAGCCUAAGCCCAUUGCAAAGAUAGAAAAUGGAAAAAGCCAUGAGGAAAGUCAGGAGCUGGAGUGUGCAUUGCCAGGCCUCUCAGAGUGGCAGGGAAAGGCUGGAUCCUCAGCUGAUAACUAUGCACAGAACGUGGCUUUGAAAUGCCAGGAAGCAGUUGUGAGCUUCCAGCCAAGAAUAGAUCAGAACACAAGCAUUUCACCAAAAGAAGCAACUGAUCAACUGAACAACUUAAAUGAGAAUUCUUUGUUGAAGCUGCAAGCCCUGGAAACUGAUCUGUGCUCUGCGUUUCUGGCAGCCCGGGAGGAGCCUCCCCAGCUGCCGGCACCCAAGGACACAGCCCCUUCUCCAGCCCAAAGCGGCGUGCAAGCUGAUGGGGCCAGCUGUGGAGAGCAAUAUCACUUCAUUUCUCCUAUUAUUGAUUUUAAUUUAAUGCAUCAGCAGAGAGAUAGCGAAGAGCCUGUGCCAGCCCACAGGGACUGGCAGAAUGACAUGGAGAGCAGCCCUCAGGAGCAUCACUCCCUAGGGACCAGCCGACUGCUGUAUCACAUCACAGAUGGAGACAAUCCUCUCCUGUCACCACGCUGCUCUAUCUUUAGCCAAAGCCAGAGAUUUAAUCUAGACACAGAGUCUGCCCCUUCUCCACCAAGUACUCAACCUUUCAUGAUGCCAAGGAGUUCUUCCAGAUGUAGCUGUGAAGACUGCAAAGAACCACAGACAGUAACGCAACUUACCAAGCAUCUUCAGAGCCUCAAGAGAAAAAUUAGGAAGUAUGAAGAAAAGUUUGAGCAAGAAAAAAAAUACCUGCCUUCGCACGGUGACAAGACUUCCAAUCCUGAAGUUCUGAAGUGGAUGAAUGCUCUGGCCAAAGGUCGGAAGCAGCUCAAAGAGCUGAAACUCAGAAUGUCAGAAGAGCAAAACGGUACCUUCACAGCACCCCAAAGAAAAGAGAGCUGUGAAGGCAGUGGGACCUCUAAAGAGGCUGGCACACAGGAGGCCACAAGCGUGGAACCAGCUCUCUCAGUGGAAGAAACCAUGGAUAGUGUGUUGAGACAACUAAAGGAGAGAAGACAACACUUCAACCUUCCUGAGACUAUUAAGGUGACUAAGCAAGAAAAGAGUCUCAUGAAACCACUUUAUGACAGAUACAGAAUUAUCAAGAAACUUCUGGCUACUCCAUCUUUAAUCACCACAAUUCAGGAGGAGGAAGACUCAGAUGAAGACCAUUCUCAAAGCAGCCAUGAGUUAUCGUCUGGUCCAAUGUCUUGCUUCCCUGUUGAAGAGCAUCUGUGUUACUCACAGGAGGAGAGUGAGCCUGCAUGUAUUUCACCUCUGGAUGAAAAGAAAGUUUACAGGCAAACAGCCUUGUCUAUGUCCAAUUUACAUGAGGCAACAAUGCCCGUUCUGCUUGAACAUCUCAGAGAAACGAGAGCUGAUAAGAAGAGACUUCGCAAGGCUCUUCGAGAGUUUGAGGAGCAGUUCUACAAACAGACAGGAAGGAGUCCUCAGAAAGAAGAUCGGGUUCCAAUGGCUGAGGAAUACACUGAAUACAAGCACACAAAAGCUAAAAUCAGGCUCCUGGAGGUUCUCAUCAGUAAGCAUGAUAUUUCCAAAACGAUUUGAAGUGAAUGCAAUGCUGUGAUAUUGUUCUCUAGGAAAAAAAAAAAAAAAGAAGAAAAAAGAAAAAAAAAAUCCAAGCGAACAAAGAAGUAAUGAAAAAAAGAAAGUAAUUUUACAGGUCUUGGUCUGCUGCACGAUUAUUUGACACACUGAGAUUUUUGAUGCACUUUACCAAUUGUAAUAACUGUGAUGAGAGAGGACAGCAAUAUGCAAGAAUAUUAAGCACGGGUGUGUGGACCAUAGUAUAUAUUUUUCCUUUCAAAAAAGUCUUGAAGUGCACUGUGAGAAUGUUAAGAAAUUUAAAGGACACUGCAGUAAUAUAGAUUCUCAGUAUG